GCAAGAGUUUGCGCAGAAAAAGAGUUGAUGUAGAAAAAAACAUCCCUUUUGGUCCAGACGUGAAUAAAAGUUUGACUAUUUAAGGAAAAAAGUAAAAAAAAAAAGUAACUUCUGGUGUCAUUUUUUUAGGAGGUAAAAAUCAUUUUGUGGCAAAUAACACACGUUUGAUUGUAUAUUCGCAAUAAAUGUGAAAGUUCAAUGUGUGCUGAUGGUGGUGGAGACACGGAAGGCAAAAAGGGGGAUUCGAUCAAUAUUUCACCCCUCAACAGUGUAAUCACCGAAAGUGGCACCCCGCGUGAACAUUGUGUGAGAAAGUUUAUCGAGAAAUAGGAAAUUUUUUCUCAAAAAGUGCGACUUUUGUUAUGUAAGUCGACGUUUGUCGACGAAUUUUUCUCCCCUAAAACGAGAGAAAUUAACGUAAUUAUUAACGGCCUCAGAUUAUUCUUGAUAAUCGAAUGUGUACAAUUUAAUAAUUCUUGAUUUUAAAUUCGGGAGUGAAAUUACUGCAUAUACACCCGAAAAAUAUUCAACGAGACAGAAUUGCAUCAUCAUCAUCGAGAAAAUAUUCAAAGUGCUUAAAAACACAUUCCCAGUAGAAAAUGAAAAUAUCUAUGAUGAGGAUAACGCAGCGGUUAGCGUGCAACCACGCGAGGAGAACAUUCCUAGAGAUCAAUUCUAAAUUCCAAGAGAGUAGUUUAAAAUUAAAGAAAUUCAUUGACACAAUAGACACUACUUGUUAACAAAAUCCACCAAUAAAUCUGUAAAUAUCAUUCCCUAAAGCAAAAAACAAAACAAAAAAAAACCUUCAAAAAACAAAAAAAUGAAAAGAUUACUCGAAGACGGUGCUGCACCGAAACACUACCUCUGUUAUAUUAACGUGUACAAAGCUGCAAGAACAGAAUUUAGCAUUUUAGAAAGAAAAUAAGAGAAAAUAGAUAUAUUGCUAAAUGAUUAUAUUCUUAAUAGUUAUUUAUGUAUGACAUUAUAACAAGUAAGAAUUUUUCAAAUCAAGAGUGUAUCUUCCAAGUAAAAAAAAAAGAAAAGAAAAGUUCACUCAUAAGACAAGAGUCACAAAAGAAAAAAAAAUAAUCCACAGACGAAAAGUGAAAUUAAGUUUUGUUUCAAAACUUAUAAAUAAUAUUGUAUAAGGGUUUUGAGGUUUAAGUUUUAUAUUUGCGAAAGCUCAAAAGUACAAUAAAAAAAAAAUUAAAUAAAUAAAGGACAACAAUGACUGAAGCGUACGACAUUAAUUUGAUUUGGAUCGUCGUUAUAGGAUUUAUAGUAGCGUUUAUCCUGGCAUUUGGAAUUGGAGCCAAUGAUGUUGCAAACAGCUUUGGAACCAGCGUUGGAGCUGGUGUACUCACGAUAUUUCAGGCUUGUAUCCUUGCGACCAUUUUCGAAAUCGCUGGAGCUGUUCUCAUAGGAUACAAGGUAUCGGACACGAUGCGCAAGGGUAUAUUGGACGUUUCCCUGUACGUGGGCCACGAGAAGGAACUGAUGCUGGGAUCAUUGGCGACAUUAGGUGGUUCUGCUGUCUGGUUAUUGGUGGCAACUGCCCUGCGACUUCCAAUUUCCGGUACGCAUUCUAUUGUUGGCGCCGCUGUAGGUUUCUCUCUUGUAUGCAGGGGAACGGCAGGGGUAAAAUGGUCUGCUCUAAGAAACAUAGCAGCCUCGUGGUUUGCGAGUCCCCUUCUCAGUGGCACCGUCUCAGUAAUUAUAUUUUGGCUGAUCAGGAAGACUGUGUUACUGUCCAAUGAACCUUUAAAGCAGGGUCUAAAUAUUUUGCCUCUCGCUUAUGGCCUUACUAUUGCUAUUAAUGUUCUUUCUAUUGCACACGAUGGACCGAAACUUUUAAUGCUGGAUAAUUUACCCUGGUGGGUAAGUGUAACGGCGUCGAUUGGUAUCGGCUUAUUGUCAGCUGUGAUUGUUUAUAUAUUUUUAGUCCCAUAUGAACGAAAGAAGAUACUUUCAUCACACAAUAGUACAGGUAGAAAUGCGGGUUUCAGUCCGGGUGAAACGAAAGAAACAACGGCAUUAUCAGUGAUUGCUGAGAAUGGUCCAGUUGCAAGUGGCACGGAAAUGUCGAGUUUGGAUGCACCAAAAUUGAGGGGCAAUAAUAGUGCGAGUCCAUUACUAAUGGCUGCUGGCGAUGCCGAAGGUGGUCAGGGAACAAUUGACAUGAAUGAAGAACAUCCAGAUGUUUCGAAAUUAUUUUCUUUUUUGCAAGUGUUAACUGCUGCUUUUGGUAGCUUUGCACAUGGUGGUAAUGACGUUAGCAAUGCAAUUGGACCGUUAAUUGCACUUUGGGCUAUUUAUGCGGAAGGUUCGGCUAAGCAAGAGGCAGAUACACCAUUGCUUAUACUUCUCUAUGGUGGUUUGGGAAUUUCAACGGGACUUUGGAUUUGGGGUCGUAGAGUUAUUCGAACAUUGGGACAGGAUUUAGCUCGCAUUACACCUACUACAGGAUUCACAAUAGAGGUAGGAGCUGCUUUAACAGUAUUGUUGGCAAGUAAGGCUGGUUUACCUGUGUCAACGACUCAUUGUAAAGUGGGUUCCGUUGUUUGCGUGGGCUGGGCAUCACGUGGUGGUGAAGGUGUUUCCUGGAAACUUUUCCGAAAUAUUGCCUUCGCCUGGAUAGUCACUGUUCCAGUGGCGGGUUUGUUAUCAGCAGGCUGCAUGGCAAUUUUCAAAGAAGUAAUUAGCUUCUAAUUUUUUUUUCACGUAAAUAAAACAUAUUUUUUUUUUUUUUUUUUUAAGAAAAAUUGUUUUUAGCAAAUACCAUCCAACGCUACUGUUGUCAAUAAUAAUUAAGAAAUAAAUAUUAAAAAAACACAAAAAAGAAAAAAAAACAAAAAACUUCAUGCCUUUAUUAUUAUACAUACAUAAAUAUUAUAUAAUUUGUAAUCGUUUCAAACA